AUGGAAUGGAGCGCUGUUAAAGAUGCCUUCCCCUGCAUGUUUUCCUUCACUCCUUGUCAGCCGAGCAGUUCUGAACUCAUGGUGUCUGAUGAUGACAAAGCUGGUGCCACACUGCUUUUCUCUGGUGCAUUUUUGGGGGUAGUAGGAAUUAAAUUCACCAUGUUGGGAUGGGCAAAAUAUGAAAGGGUCACUUGCUUUGAAUGGACUCAGUUGCUCGGGCCUGUUCUGCUUUCAGUAGGCGUGACUUUUUUGCUGAUUGCCGUGGGCAUGUUUAAAAUGAUCGCUUGCAAAUCAUGCAGCCCAAGUGAAGGAAGAGCAUCUGACACAGGCCAGACUCCUCUUGGAUAAUUCGUUGUUUUCACUGGGAUUAGCCAGUCUAUAAACUUCCAUGGUGCUACAGUGGUGCAGUACAUCUCUCCUUAUACAGCCCAGGAAGGUAUUGGCAUGAAUUCUCCCAAUGCUCAUCAAGUAUUGAGUCAUCCUGGAAUUCCUCCAUUCUCCGGGCCACUAAUUCCCGCUUUGAGCCCUCCUUGUUACUAUAAUGUCAAACCCCUGGAUAACUCCGCUUUUUCUGCAGAUGAAAAUUACUCUGCUUAUCUUCCUGCAGACACCAGAAUCGGAAGGUAAGUUACUAUGUGUACAUUGCAUUUCAGUUGCAAGGUCUUUUACAUGCACUGGUUAGUGGCGUUAAUGAAGCAUUGGCAUAGUCUUUGCUCAGACAGAAUUUCAAUUACUGACUUGAAAUAAGAGCAUUGCCUGAAGCAGCAGCCAUAACUGGUCCACAGAUAUUGCCGUUCCAAUUAAUUAAUGAUGCAGCAUUCGUGGAGCAUUUUAAUCUUCUCUGUGUUGUUAUUUUUCUCUGCUA